AACUGAUAUAUAACACGAUAAUACAGCUAACCUGUCACAAUCUACUGUCAAAAUCUGUUUUUGUUCAUAAAAGAAAUAGACAAAAUGGCAGAAAAUUCUAAUAAUCCAUAUGAUAUUAAUGGACAACACUUUAAUCCUGAUAUGUAUUUUCAAAAAUUAUUAAAAGAAUGUACAUUAAAACAAAUUAUGGAUCAUGAAGCAGAAAUUAUAAAAAAUACUCAAAUUUUACAUUCUGAUAUGCAAACUCUAGUUUAUGAAAAUUAUAAUAAAUUUAUAUCUGCUACAGAUACUAUCAGGAAGAUGAAAACAGAUUUUAAAGAAAUGGAAGAUAGUAUGGAUUUAUUAGCAAAAAAUAUGGACAGUAUUACUACUUUUUCAGAACAGAUUUCAUCAACAUUACAGGGUACAAGACAACAAAUUGCCAAAUUAUCUUCAGUUCAUGCAUUAUUGAAAAAAUUACAAUUUCUUUUUAAAUUGCCUGGCAAUUUAAAAGACAAAAUGAAUGAAGAAAAUUAUACACAGGCAGUACAAGAUUACAUACAUGCACAACGUGUAUUAAAUCAAUAUGGCAAUAUGCCAUCUUUUCAAGGAAUUCAAAAAGACUGUGAAGAUAUUCUAGAGGAACUUAAAUCAAGAUUGAGAAUGCAAUUUCAUAAAGGAGAUGCAUCAACUAAAGCUUUAGCUGAAAAUAUAGAUCUAUUGUUACAGCUAAAAGAACCAGCUGAUUCUUUAUGUGCUGAAUUUCUGACACAUGCAGAUGGAAGAUUAACUGAACAAUUAGAUAUUUUAAAAGAUAUGUGUGAAAAUGAUAUCAUAGAAUUUGUAGAUAUGGCCAGUUCAGGAUUUCUUAGUGAUUUAUGUUUGAUUGUUGCAUCUUAUAAUGACAUGUUCAUAAAUCGAUCACCAUCUGAAGAUAAUGAAUUUAUUGAUGAUUUUGAUACAAAAGCUCUUGCAUGUUUAAAUAGUUUUAUCAUGAAAAAUAUGAAAAAAUAUUUUGAUUUAAUUGGAAAAAGAGUAGAAAAUGUAGCUGAUACAGCUAUUUUAGUAAAAGCAUUAGAAAAGUUUCAUAGGAGAUUACAAGCUAUGAAUAUGUUAUGUAAAGAAACAGAUUUUGAAAGAACAGGUACCAAUAUUGUUAUUAACGCGGGUAGAAAACAAUGUCGUAAUCAUUUAGAUAAUUUGAAAUCUCAUUUAAAUGAAACACUUGUUAAAGUGAGACAAAUAUUAACAACUAAAACUUCUCAAGAAGGAGAUAAUAAUUUAGCAGAACUUCAAGCAUUACUUAUAAUACCCACUAUUGAAAAAAUCAAAGGAGUUUUACAAGAUUUAUUGGUAUUUUUACAACCAGAUUUAUCAUUUAGUUUAAAAACACAAUUUCUACAAAAUUUCUGUGUAGAUGAAGUUAGAGAAGGAUUAGUAGUUGGAUUUUUACAUCAUAUAAUAGUUAUUGCAAGUGGAUUUUGUAGCGGAUCUGAUAUUCCGAAAUUCUCACCUACUCUUUUACUUUUAUUGAGUAAAAUGUGUAUUGAAUAUAAAGAAAAUAAUGUCAAGUAUUUGCUUACUACUACCGAUGAUUUAUUCAAUAUUGAACAAUACACAUCAUCUGGGAAUGUCGUUACGACUGAAUUAGAAAUAUGCGAUAAAUUCCAUGAAGCAGCACAAAAUUUAUUAAAUCAUUACGUUCGCAUUCAAGGUUUAGCAGUAUCGCAAAUGUUAAGAAAAUCCGUCGAAACAAGAGACUGGUUACAUACGAUUGAACCGAGAACAGUAAGAGCUGUAAUGAAAAGAGUCGUAGAAGAUGUGACAUUAAUCGAUACUCAAGUAGCUGCAUUAUAUGAUGAUUCUGAUGGUCAAGUUGAUAGAAGCAGCGAUAGCAGUAGAAAAACUCAUAGUGUAAGUGUAUCAAGACAUCAUUAUAGAUCAAACUGGUCAUCGUAUACGCCGAAUCAUAUAGAUUCCUCGUUGGUGACGAAUAUUCAUAAAUUAUUUUCUGAACGUAUCGAAAUUUUUUCAUCGGUUCAAUUUAAUAAAGCAUCUAUUCUUACCGGAAUCAUCAAAAUAAGUUUAAAGACUUUUCUAGAAUGUGUAAGAUUACGAACAUUUAGUAAAUAUGGAUUACAACAAAUUCAAGUUGACACACAUUAUUUACAAUUAUAUUUAUGGAGAUUUGUUUCAGAUGAAAAUGUCGUUCAUUUUCUACUAGAUGAGAUUCUUGGAAGUGCUGUACAUAGAUGUUUGGAACCAGUUUUAAUGGAACCUAGUGUCGUCGAUAUUAUUUGUGAAAGAGGAUAAAUAAAUAGGAAGAAAAAAAAAAUAAUAUCAUUAUUUUAUCUAACAUAUUGUAUAAUAUAGCAUUAUAUUAUAAACAUAUGUAUUAUAUUAUUAUUUGUAAAAAUGAGUAAUAUUUAUAAUUUAUAAGAAAUUCUUAUAUUCCAUGAAUAAAUUUUAUGAUAAACUA